AUGGAUAACACAGAGGGAAAUGCCAUUGACAUCCACGGAGAUGAGGAGAUUAUUGAAGUUAUCGACCUGGACGACACAGAGCCUGGUCCUGAUGAUUUGGCCGAUGACUUGGAGGAUGUCGACUUCGAAGAGCCCGGAAUGGCAGAUGAUGAUGAAGGCUGGGAGACGGAGGAUGAGAUGGAAGCGGACGAAGAGCAAGAUGACAGCGAGCUCACCUUCUCCAAACACACAGGCUCUGUGUUUUGUGUGAAUUUGGACCCCGCCACAAACAGCCUGGCGAUAACGGGAGGAGAGGACGAUAAGGCGUACGUUUGGAGGGUGAGCGACGGAGAGGUGCUGUUUGAGUGCACAGGCCACAAAGACUCUGUGACGUGCGCCGUGUUCAGCCACGACUCCUCCAUGGUGGCCUCGGGCGACAUGAGCGGCAUGAUUAAGGUUUGGAAAGUCGAGACCAAAGAGGAGAUCUGGUCCUUCGAAGUGGGAGAUCUGGAGUGGUUGGAGUGGCACCCGUGUGCUCCGGUGCUGCUGGCGGGAACAGACGACGGCAACGUGUGGAUGUGGAAGAUCCCCUCAGGAGACUGUAAAACCUUCCAGGGCUCUGCGUGCCAGGCCACCCGCGGCAAAGUCCUUCCCGAUGGUAAGCGGGCUGUGGUGGGUUACGAUGAUGGGACCGUGCGUGUGUGGGAUUUGAAGCAGGGAAACGCCUGCCACGUCAUCAAAGGUCAGGAUGGACACCAGGGGGCACUCACCUGCCUCGCAUGCAACAAGGACGGCUCUCUGGUGCUGACAGGGUCAGUGGACGGCUGGGCCAAGCUCAUCAACCCAGCCACGGGCAAGGUGGUCGGAGCUUUCUCUGUGGAGGGAGACAUAGCCAAAGGAUCGAAAGACAAUGAAGAAACCAACUCUGUUGAGUCUGUGGGAUUCUGCAACAUCCUGCCUCUCGUAGCUGUAGCUUACCUGGACGGGACUCUGGCUAUAUAUGAUAUCUCCACGCAGAGCCUGAGGCACAGGUGCCAACACGAGGCGGGCAUUGUUCACCUGCAGUGGGAAGAGUCUUCUUCUGUGGUGUCCACCUGCAGUUUAGACGGAGUGCUGCGCCUGUGGGACGCUCGCACCGGCAACAUGGUAUCAGAGUACCACGGCCACAACGCAGAGAUCCUCGACUUCACCAUCAACAGGGAAGCAACUCUCGUAGUAACGGCCUCAGGAGACAACCAGUCGAAAGUCUUCUGCCUCCAAAGACCCGAUCGGUAAAAAGAGAGAGAGGGAGAGAGAGCUGCAAGAAAAGGAGACGGAGAGGAAACAUUUCAGGAAAUCAAGCAGAGACAUUUGCUGAUCAGACUUUUUGUUCUCUGACAGCAGAAAGAGUGUUUUUCCUUCUCCUCAGGAUUUUAACAUGUUGCGUGGUGUUUCCAUCUUAUCUGACAGGCCUCAGCUGUGCUUUUUGUAGCUCAAUGGGCAGACACAUAAGCUUAUUUAAUCACAAGUUAAGUAGCUGAGAAAGGUUUUGAUCUGAUUUGAAUGACCAAUCCAGAUCUUUUUUGUCUACGCCAAAAUUUCAAACCUAUCCUCUAAAACAAACUGUUCCUCAUGACUUAACUCUAAGUACACUCAUAUGCGAGAAUCUGUGAGACUAAACAAAGUGAAAUUCAAAGAGUGAUGCAUCGUAGCAUCCUGUGUUUGACAUCCGUUUUGAUGUUCUCUCUUCUGCUAAGUUUUACAGAUAACAGUCAUCAAAAAGGGGAUUUCCUUUGGUCUAGAUAAUAUUUUUUCCUUAAUUAGAGAUUUUGUUGGCAGAAUUUCUCCCCCGAGGGUGUGUGUGUGGUCUUCCAGCUCUCAGACAGAUAUCUGCGUUAUCUCGCCACAAUUUUGAUGUAAAUACAAUAUGAUAAAUAAUAUACUUUCUUCUUGGUAAUCAUUAAAAAAAACAUGAAUUCUGA